CUGAAUAGAGUAGAGCUAAAUUAUACGUUUCUGCUGUUUCGGGACUCAGAAUAAACAUUUUGCUUUGGAUGAGAUUAUAGCCUACUAUGAAGGGUCACCCUGCUGAAGAGGUGAAGACACUUAAAGAUGACAUUGAAAAUGGAGCUUCUUCAUUUGAACAACCACCUGUUGUAUCAAGUGCAGAGAAUCAUAAACAUGUAAAGUGUAAGAUCAAGCUUCCAGAAUUCAAAAAAUGCCCCAGGAGUCCCAAAGCUGCCAUCGACACAGUGGACAGCACUUCAACAAUAGAUCAUCCUGCAGAAGACGUGAAUACGCUUAAAGAUGACAAUGAAAAUGGAGCAGCUUCAUUUGAACAACCGCCUGUUGUAUCAAGUGCAGAAAAUCAGAAACGUAGAAAGCGUAGGAUCAAGUUUCCAAAAUUCAAAAAUGGACCCAGAAGUCCCCAAGCUGCAGUGGAUAGUGCUUUGCAAAUUGAGCGCUCUUUCAAGGAGAACAUAGAGGAGAAGAGACUCAAGGAGGCUGACUGCCAGCUGAUCAACAGAGAGGAGAAUCUGUUCUUGCAGGGUGCAGGCCAGGAGGGAGUGGAGAGGGGGGGCAGGGACAAAGAGGAGGCUGAACUGCAGGAGGACUAUGAGAGCCUUCUGGUCCUGGUGCGGCUGGCCAUCCAGAACUCGUUUAGUGCUGAGCCUGGUGAGCUGGAUGCUCUGAGAUCAGCAGUGAGUGUAAUCCUGCAGGAGGAGGAGCAAGACCGGAGGUGGCUGGAGGAGACAGAGGUGAAGGCCCCAGUCUGGAGGCCUCGGCAGUGCCGACACACCCACGAUGCCUUGCUGCAGGUGAUGGUCGAGAAGCGGAUGGAGUGCAUGGAGGACGUGGCUGUUGCAGACAGGCUCUCCAGUUCCCUAAAGAAAGAGGUCUGCAAGAUGGGAAAACAGGUGCAUGUGGACCUGCUGAAGGUUGUGCAGGAUGUGAAGACCUGCUAUCCCGCCGAAUUCAAUGUGUGUGACACUUACGCCCGGCUUUACCACCAAGCUUUCUCCAGUCAGCUUGUCAAGAUGGCUGAGUUUGACCUUAAUUUCGAUGACCUUGUUUACCUUCUGAGCUGGGUGCACAAUUACUACCCAAAUGAUGUUUUGAAGCACGAAGAGCUGGAGAAGGACAUUGACAUUGAAGCACUUGGGCCCCUGCUCCCCGAAGCAGUAGUCAGACCAAUUGAGGAGAAAUAUCUAUCCCAAAAAGAGAUUGGUGUUUUUCAGAGUAAGUUGGGGGUGUGGGUGUCCAAUGCCCUGAAGCAUGAGGAGAACAGCUGGUGCAGCGGCUCAUUACCUGAACUCAUAUUAGACCAUUAUUACUCCACCAUUGCCAUUGAUGUCAUAGAGAUGGUGGAUGCGGCUGUGAAGGAAACCAAAGCUAUUUUCUGUGAUUCGAGUAGGGCCCAGAGGAUCAUGUGUCAGUUGGAGAUCUUCUUGAUGAGAUACAAGAAAUCAUUGGAAGAUUUCAUAAAAGAAAAGCAUGUGAACACCAAUGCUGUGUUAAAGGCUAAUUUAGCCAGUAUUGAACAAUUCAAGGAAUAUUUAGAGAAAUGUGCAUAUCUCCUACCAGAGGAGAAAAACAGAUGCCUAACACUUCUGGAAGACAUGGAGAACUAUACCUAUUGUUACUUCUUAGAUGUUAUGCACGCCGAAUUUAAGGUAGAGUACAAGCAACUAUGGACACAAGCCUGGCUUGAGAGGGGUAGCAGGCAGCUGGUGGAACUGCUGGAGAAACACAUUUGGGACUGCGAGAACCUGAAGCCCACCUGCAAGCAAGAGCUAGUGAGUCGGCUGCAUGUGCAGGUGAUACUGGAAUAUGUGAGGAGGAUGAUGAAAGGGAAGCUGAAGUUGAAAAAUAAGGAGCAGCAGGAACGAGCUGCAUCACUGCUGUUCGAAGACAGUAAGAUGCUCAAUUUAGUGUUUAUUGAAGCAGGGUCUAAGGAGAGGUGGCUGCAGGACAUUCUCCCCAAAAUUGCAGAAGUCCUCAGGCUGCAGGACCCUGGGGCCAUCCAGCUGGAGGUCAUCACACUAGCCCAGUGUUACCCUGACCUCAGUGACAAGCACGUCUCCAUCUUGUUGCACCUCAAAAACCUAUCCAGGGACCACAUCAGAAGGAUCAAGGACAGCCUGGCAGAGAACCGCUCCUUGAACACCCCCGAAGACACCCGAUCCUUCUUCUCUAGAGUGCGGCUUCCCAAGUUUACUACCAAGAUCUUAUGACCUCCAGCCUCCAUCUGAGGCUGUGGGACCUCCACAGACAUUGAUCCUUAAAUAGUUUUUUUUUACUUUUUCCCCCCACAUGGUUGAGGUUAAAACCUGGUCUGGAUGGGUUUCUGGAGCAGUGGUUCUGUGGAGUGACUGUGGGAGCAGUGGUGGGUAACCCUGCAGAGUGAUGUGUGAUUGGCUGGGGCGCAGCCCAAGGGUGGAGGGUUUUUAAGAUCUUUCCCAUCUCUUUGUACACGAGCUAGGCCAUGUCCGAAUCAGUACACUUGUCUACUAUUGAGUAUACUUGUUAAGUACACUGGAUGACAAAGUUCUUAAUUAGAAGAAAUUUUCACUAAAUGUAGUAUACUUAAAAAUGGAAUCUCCAGGGUUUUGCUGAGCAUAUUCUGUUGCAUACAUUUCAGGAAGUAAAUUACCAUUUUGGUACCAUUAGCAUGAUGCAAAGCUUCGCUUUAAAAAUGAUGUGGCGCUUCACUGAUGUUUUCCUUAACAACAACAACAAUGACAGGUGAGCAUGGCCGUACAAGGGCAGAACAUCAUAUGACACUUCCACAGUAUGGUUGAAAAGUAGCAUGGAGGAUGUUUUUUGCAUACUGCCCAUUGGGCACUUAACAGAACACAGUAUGCUUAGUAGGCUAGACCGUACAUACUUUGAGGACACAGUAGUUAGGUUGCUGAUUCGGACACAGCCGUAGUCUUUGUCAGUCUGGUGAGUGGAAAAAAGCAGCAGCUGGCAGUUUACAAUAUGGAGGAGGAUGCGUGCUUGUCAGUGGUCUCCCAAAUUUACCAAUGAUGUUGCAGUAAUGAGACCAAUUUACAAAUGUGAAUGAGUAUUCCAGGGUCAGGCAAAACAGAUAAUAUUUAAUUUGAUAGAGGGAUUAUGGUGUGGGAAGAUAAUCCUGAGACGAGGCCCAGCUCAAGAGCAUAAAUAGGACAAGACUCACACAGUGUCGCAGUGCUUGUUUUUUACACAUGCAGGCAACAUUAACAUACUACAUUCAUAUGCAGGAUUUUAAAGUGAUCUUUCCAAGCAAUAUACUAUAAACUGCUACAGACUGGAUAUAACCGUAUUAUACAAUGCUUGCUUAAAAUUACUCCCUGAAGUGGUAAUAGAAAUCAGUGAUGCAAAGUUGAAUAUAUUAUCAGUGAAAAAUAACCAAAUACUGAAUAUUGAAUGUUCUGUACACGCAAUCAAUUUUUCUGUCUACAAGGUCUCUUCAGCAGGAAGGGAUUAAUUGCCUCUCAUAUUAGAGUUAUGGCUUCUACUAUAUAAUAUACCAACAUAUACAAGGUAUAUAAGUCAUCAGUGUUGCCCUCAGCAUGCUGUGUAUUAAAAUGAAUGGAAAC